UCUUCUUACUCGCCAGCAGGUAAAUUGAACACUGCACUUUUUAUUGAUAACGACCAGCAAUUUUGACUUUGUGGCCGUGGUAGCUUGUGAGAACCGUUUGCGCUGAAAUGUGACGCAAUCAGUAAGCGACGUCAAACUAAUGAGAUGGAUUGUUUGAUCACACAACUUCUUCCUUGACUUGUAGGGGGUAACUCCUGAGAAGGACCUCCAUUCACCACCCUCUAAGACUUCAGUCUGAAACUGUCAACUACCUGGCCAGCCAGGGUGCAGUCCAGGGUCCUUAUCCACCCACAACUCAGGCAGAAAGUCCAUCUACUGGGGGGUCCCUGGUUCAGUGCCCCUGAGGGCUGGGACCAGCACUCUGGGCCAGAAGCAGCUGUGAAGGGAUGGGGUAGUAGCUGAGGACAGAGCCAUGGUUCAUAACGUCUCAGUCCCCCAAACACCACCGCCGGCACUGGUGGGCACCAAUGGCCGCUCCUCUGGGAGGAAGAGGACACCCAAGGCAUGUGACUGCUGUGGGCCAAACUCUAAGCACCACAAUGGGAAGGACCCACAUGGGAAGACUCCAGGUGGCAAGCCCAGACAACGCAGGGCCCAUCUGGGGAAGGGCAGGGGCCAGGCCCUGGGGGGGACCCCCAAGACGACGGGUGGUCACCACUCUUCUGAGAAGACCCAGAUGACAGAGGAGCAGGUAACAGCCAUCCGACAGCUGGCGAACGACUCAGUUGUGGAGGAGGUAACCAACUCCUUGGCUCCAUUUGUAACCAGCUCUGUCGGUCAACCUGUAAUGAAUGUUGUGGCUCAACUUGUAAACAACUCUGUCGGUCAACCUCAACCUUUAACGGACUCUAUGGGUCAGAAGUUAACGUACACUGUGGUUAAACUGGUGACCAAGUCUGUGGUUCAACCAGUAACAAACUCUGUGGUUCAACCUAUAAUGAAGGCUGUGGUUGAGCAUGUUCCUGAUUCAGAGAUGGAGCAGGAGAAUGGUUGUGGUUUAGACAAACAGCCGGUAACCGACUCUAACACGGAGGUCAUGAAGCAGCCCCAGGCUGGUGAUGCAGCUGUCUCCCUUUCCAACGGUACAUCUGCUGUGACCAACGAGGAACCAACAGACUGUAGCGCCCCUAUGGAGGUGGAACCAUCAGCCACAGCCUGUGUUUCCCCAGGCAUUAUGUUAUGCAGCACCCUCCACCCCUUCGCUCUGUGGGACCACAGAGAUUACUGUGAGGUGGGAGUGUGGGCUCCAAGCCCUGAGCCAGAGGACGACUGUGUCUCAAACCCAGCACAGCAACCCAACCCUGAAGACAACAUCCAUGAAGUAAUCAUAGACCUUAUACAUGAGUUCCUGGCGUUCUUCUAUGUGAAGUACGGGAGCUUUAUCCCCCUCACUGAGACUGACGUCCUGGAGCAUCUGAAGAACAAGUGUAACACUGACCUCCAUGACAAGAAGCUAAACAUCCACUCCGAAAUGAUGAAGUAUAAAGCGGGUCUCGCCUCCACCCCUAUGAAGUGCUUCAAAGUGGACUACAACAAGCACACUCUGACCCUGGAGGACCUGUCCACACUGGAUGACCAAAACUGGGUCAACGACCAGGUGAUAAACAUGUAUGGAGAAUUGAUCAUGGAUGCUACACAGAACAAGGUUCAUUUCUUCAACAGCUUUUUCCACCGGCAGCUGGUGGCCAAAGGCUACGAAGGGGUUAAGAGAUGGACCAAAAAGGUGGAUCUGUUUUCUAAGAGGUUGUUGUUGAUUCCUAUCCACCUGGAGAUUCACUGGUCCCUGAUCACAGUGGACAUAGCCAACCACCACAUCCACUAUUAUGACUCCCAGGGCAUCGUCUUCAAAUACACCAUGGAGAACAUCCUGACUUAUAUCCUGGCUGAGGCCGAGGAGAAGAAACACGCUGCAUAUCAGAAAGGCUGGAAGACGAUUAUAAGCAAGGGUAUUCCUCAACAGAAGAACGACAGUGACUGUGGAGUCUUCAUCUUGGAGUACUGCAAGUGCCUGGCAUUGAAAGAGCCGCUGCAGUUUACACAGGACGACAUGCCCAAAGUCCGCAAGAGGAUUUACAAAGAGCUCUGUGACUGUAAACUGAAUGACUGAUCAACCGCAGUGUCCCAGCUCUAGAGAGAGUACACCUGCCUUUCCACUGGACCGUGGGCUUUAACGACUGUUUGACCCUUAUUGUGGAAGGGCCAUUAAUACUCUAAAACAUGACGAGCCAAGAAGCUGAAUGAAGCGCAGUGGAAACGGGACACGUUGUGUGACUUAACGACACAGAGACGGUGAAAACAACCAUCUGUCCUUCAGUAGUGGCUGGCUGGCUGGCUGACCUGGAGCAAACUCUGGUGGUUGGUUUGAGACCGGUAAUGGACCUAUCCGUGUUUAUAACACGUUUCCUAGCUUCAGUUGUUAAACUGUAAACAGGAGAUUAUAUGGGACAGUAGGUGAAACUUGAAGGUUCUUGUUUUAUAUCAUGUUUGCCUGACUAGUAGAGAACAAUAACUCAAAGGCUAACGUUUAACUGAAUAUACUGUUUUAAUGUUACUUAAUCUCAAACCGCUUCUUUAGUUCUUGAGAAACUCCACGUUUUGGCAUCACAAACAGCAGUUUGUUAUCAGGGAGUUAUGAUUAACCAUGAUGCUCCACUCAGAAUGGCUUCAUGAAAACACACACCUCUUCCUGCUUCUGUUGAAAAUAUGCUGUUAAAACAAUGUGUAUUUUGACAUUUUAGUGUACUGAGAAAGAAUUUAAUGCUACUGCUGUAGAACCGUUUCUAAGCCUUUUAUUGUAUGAGGGGCCCGGCCCACUAUGGUCAUCUUCCUCAUGGGAGGAUCACCCAUCUGAGGGUGCUGGUCCACAGACAGUUUGUAAUUGAGAAAAUGCUGCUGUAGAAAUUGCUGAAUCCCAUCUAUACUAUCUGUCAUUAAUGCACAUUUGAGCCCAGUGUAUACCUGGUGCUAACAUAUGCCUUUUGUGUUGUUGUCCACAUUUUUAAGACCGGUGUAGAUGAUUAAAAUGUCUGGAUAUCAA